UUACGUUACGUUGACGACACAUUCACCGCCGUACACAAAGACGGAAUUGACGAUUUUCACGAACACCUUAACAGACAGAACGCGGACAUACAGUUCACCAAGGAGAUCGAAGAAAAUGGUAAGAUACCUUUUCUAGACUGCUUGGUCACUCGCGACAACGACAAACUAAAAACGACUAUUUACAGAAAACCGACACAUACCGACCGAUUACUAGACCAGUUUUCGUACAACCCGACCUCUCACAAGGCUACUACUAUCCGGACUCUGACGAGACGAGCGCAACUAGUUUGCGACUCACCUGACAUCCUACAAGAGGAGACUGAUUAUCUUAACAACGUUUUUAGUAAGAACAAUUACAACACGGACUUUGUUAGACGGAACGCUCACAGUAACACUGAUUCCAACUCUCAGACCAACUCUGGCCCUGUUACGACAGCGACUAUACCGUACAUCAGAGGCACCUCUGAAACUAUUGCACGUAUAUUACAACCUUACAAUAUACGUGUUGCGCACAAACCGAUAACCACUUUACGGCGACUGCUUACUAAUGUCAAGGACAAAGACAAACCGGAGGACAGACAGGGAGCAGUAUACAAGAUCAAAUGCUGCGACUGC